AUGGUCACUAUUGCUCUAGCCUGUGGUCUUGUGCCAGAUCUCUACCACGAUACGUGUGAUUCGCUAGUUGCAGAGUCCGACCACGAGGAUGAGAAACGAGACAUUGACUUUGAAGUGGAGUUUCUGUUCACAUUGCGUGACAUCCGCGGGCGCGUCAACUCAGACCGUGGCAUUUUAGACAAGUACGUGGAACUGGUACCGUAUGUGUAG